AUGACUGUAGCCGAAAGAGAAGUUGCAAUUCCCAAGUUCGAAGCCGUCAUCAUCGGUGGGGAAAUAAAGCUCGUGUGCAGAUCUUGUAGGUGGAGAAGGACAUACACGGUGGAAGAGGAGGAGAUCGCGGCGGUGUCGGCGGAGGACAAGCUCGCACUCUUACUGUCAGAAAACCCCGCUAAAUUUCUUUCUCUGUCCAAUCGCGCCGCCGAGAAAAGCCGGCAGACGAUCAAAGGCCAGCGGAAUGUUCGCAACCACGCUCAUCAGUUACACAUGAAGGCCGUCCGUUUUCUGGCCAAAACCAAGAUUCUAAUUCCACUACUUUCAUCGCAUCAAAGGUUCGUCCCCUUCUCUUCGUAUCCGGCCACCGCCGCCACGAACCCUAGGUUUCGUAACUCCUUCUUCGACGAAUCCGAAGGCAGUAGCGCAGUCUACAAGCACGCCCUCAAGUUCCAGCGCCCGACCACCAUCAGAUGGCAAGAUCGCCUUUUUAACUCCGCCAGCUUUAUCGGCACCGUCGUUCGACCCGUCGAGGCGCUAAACGCUGCCGAGAACGGGAAUCUUUGCGCUUACACCGUUCUCAGCGUUAGUCUCCCCCAUCAAUCAAGAGGAGGCUUUAGGAUAUUGCUGAAAGUGCAGGGCGAGAUGGCGGAAAUGUGUUUCAAACAUUUGAAAGAGAAUGAUCUGGUUUAUGUUUCAGGUCGACUUUUUACUUCCACUAAGGCUGAUGAGAACGGGAGCCUCAGAUUACUCUACAAGGUACUAGUGAAGGAGUUGAAUUAUGUAACACAAAGACGUGAUCCAAUUUCUCAAAAGUAUGAAGAACCAGAAUCUGCUGAAGGUAGAGCAGCUCGUUUGGAAAAGUGGAGGGAUCGUCUACACUUGUGGCAAGUGUUUUUCAGCAACCCAUAUGAAUGGUGGGAUAACAGGAAACAGAAGUUGUAUCCAGGAAGCCCCGAUUUCAAGCACAAGGAUACUGGUGAAGCUCUCUGGUUGAGCCCAAAUGAUCCGCCAUGGAUUAAGAAACAACUCCAACUGCUUGAUUUAGAAAUGGGCCUAGGUGAACCGGUAGGUUGCCGAGCUUGUCUUUCCAAGUGGGAAUAUGAUGCGUAGGGAGGACAAGCAUUAGAAGAAAGGGUGGUGGUAAUACAGACUUGGUGCAUGAUUUUUAAGUCAUUGUGUUUCCCUCACUAAUACUGCUUAACUGCGUAUUGGUUUUCUAUAGGGUUGAGAUUUCUUACAUAGUCUCAAAUUAGGAGGACUAUAGUAAUGGCAUCAAAAUACUUGGCAAUGUCUGUCUAGGCCAGUUUCUCAGAUAGAGGAACUCUGCUUCAGAUUCUGUAAAUCAGGUUUCUUUACUUGUCAGCUAAUUGUGCAAAAUAAAUAAUUGUAUUGGGUAGAAAUUACUUGGCAGUAUUUUCGAAAGCCAUGUAUAAUACAGAAGACAAAAUAUUAUGCCGCAAUUCCAUUACCUGUUUAUA